GGACUCGGGAAUACUGUUGAUGAAUGCUCCGUCUGUGUAAGGAUGGUAUUUGAAUGUGACUGAAGUGUGGGAUGGUUGUUUGAUUUAUUUAUUUGUAUAUUUUGCAUUAUCCCCCUACCCUUCAGCAAUGGAACACAUGAUUGUUUGUUUUGUUUCAAUAACCCGUAGAGUAGGUGGCGGCAAUACACCAAUAGGUGUAGUCUGCCAUAAAACCUCAAAGAAAGAAGUACUCGGUCAGAUCUUUUCAGUGGAGAGGAAGAUUGCGGAAGAGGAUGCUGAGUUCGAAUUAGGCAGCGAAUGUUCUGAAUGGACAACAGUAGUAACGGAAACUGAAGAGAGACAAACAUGAGGAAAAUUGCAGUGGGCCUCAAAAGAAUCGGGACAACAGAAGUUUUGUUUUGAACUUCGAAGUAGAGACACCCAUCAAAAGAGUAAUCUCAGGAGUGACGACGGAUGUUCAGGUUGAAUACCUGAAAAUAAUUCCUGGUGUGGCUGGUGCCCGGAGUCUGACCCGCUGGGUGAAUGGAGGAAAAAUAAGAAAGACAGUGGACAUACUCAUCCUGCUCCUCUCCUUUGAUGCUGGAAACAGCACUUUGACAGAUCUUCAUGUGAGCACAGGCGCAGAAGAAAAGCUAGAGAAGACAAGUUUUUGUAUCUCUGGCGAGUUGAUUUGCAUCUAAAAAGCACCAGAAUCGCUUUGGCGGGCCGCCUGCCCGCUGAGUGCUAAUUGGGGAUUGUGAGAAAUUUUGAAGAGUCAUCAUUUACCAAACUGACUAUUGCCUUGUUUACCACGUGAGAAAAUGAGUCCAGAGAGGGAAACAUUGUUGGAUGACAUAGCACUGAGUUUAUGGACUUUAACCGAGGAUCAUUUACGUUAUCUAUGCGAGCGGUGUGGAAUAUGUGGCCGAGAUGGGGCUGAAGUCAAAGGAGAGAGUAGACGCUCACUGCGUCGUAAAAUACUGGAGGAAUAUUGUGUGAGUGCUGAUUUAACAGAAUCCGAGGAACAAGGAAUGUCUCGGUUACUACAACUGAAAGAAGACAUCACCGGAAUAGAGGAAGAGGCUAGCGUUGUCCCCACGAUUCCCAGCCAAUCAGCGACAGCGGGCAGCUCCCAAGCAUGCUGCCAUGGAGAACAGAAUGAAGAGGGAGGGGGUUGGUUUCCCAACAGGAAGCUGGAGGCAGAGCCAGUUCCACACUGGCUCAUUAUACCACAGCAGGGAGUGAGAGUGAGGGGGUCUGAGACCAAAUGUACAGAGUCAUUGGGUCCUGUUUGUGACGGCGGGCAGCAGGCCCCAGAGAUGGCGUCUUGGCAGACUCUAAAGAGGUUAACGGUGCUGCUGGAGGACUGCAGGUUUAUGCCGGGCCAGAGAGUCAACAUAAAAGUAGAGGAGGAGGAGAUGAUUUCUGUCUUUGCUGAUGAUGGAAAAAGCUCAAAACCCCCAAAAAAGAGAUCUCACAGUUCUCAACGUGAGAAGAGCUCCACAAAACAAUCACGUCUUAAACGGCACCUGCACUCUGGAGAGACGCCUCCCCGCUGUUCGGGUAGCGAAGAAAGUGUCUCUACUGUGACAUUGUCGAAGAGACCCAAGACAGUCCAUCCUAAAAAGAAGUGUCAGAACUGCUCUGACUGCGGGAGAAGUUUCUCUUCGACAGCAUGUAUCAGGAAACGCAUGCUGUCCUUCCAUUCAGGAGAGAAACCCUUCCACUGCCUAGAGUGCAGUAAGAAGUACACUAGAUCAGAUCAGUUGAAAGAUCAUAUGGUUAUAUGCUCUGGUGUGAGACCUAACCAAUGCCCUGACUGUGAAAAACAAUGUCAGGAAGUAUCACGUGCUGUAGUAAAAAGUUUGGAUCCUAAUCACGUGUUAGUACAUUCUGGAGAGAAAUUGUAUCAAUACCCUAACCGUGAGAAGACUUGCACAGCAUCAGACCAUACUCAACAGCUGUACACACACACUGGAGAGACGCCUUACCGUUGUUCAGAUUGUAAUUCGUGUUUCGUUAAUGCGUUACAAUUUAAGAGACAUAAGCAAGAGCACACUGGAGAGAAGCCUCACCUCUGCUCCAAAUGUGAUCUUUGUUUCUUUAUAGAAGAGGAUUUAAAAGCACAUGAGACCAUUCACACAGAGAAGCUUCACCCCUGUUCUGACUGUGGGCAAACAUUUUCUACAGCGCGGUAUUUAACUAAACACAAGCGGAUACAUUUGGGGAUUAAGCCUUUCCGUUGCACGCAAUGUGACAAAGGGUACACCAAUUCAGAUCAGCUAAAAGUUCAUACGAUGACGCAUACUGGGGAGCGACCGUACCAAUGUGGUCAAUGUAAGAAGAGUUUUAAAACCAAGCCGCAUCUUAAAUACCACCUGUUAAUUCAUGAGGUAGGGAUGUUUCACCACUGCCCCGACUGUGAUCAAAGGUUCUCCGCUGAGGAAACGUUAAAGGAACACAUGCAGUUACACAUGGGAGAGAAACUUUUCCACUGUCUGCAAUGUGAGAAGAGGUACAGUACUUCAGAUGGAUUGACAGAACAUGUGAUGACUCAUACUGAUUCCGAUGGGUCACCAAGUACCAGAAAUGUAGGAGAACAAUGUCAGGAAAUACAUGCCAUCGAAAAAAGUUUAAAUAUUAAUGUUAAUCAACGCCUGCAGGAACAUUCUGUAGAGAACCCUCACCCUCAUCUGUGUCCUCACUGUGAGAAGGGUUUCUCAAAACAAUCGUAUCUUAAAGAACACUUGCUUUUACAUGCUUGCGAGAGAACUUCUCGUACCCCGGUGAGGUAUCCGACUUCCAGAAGAUUAAAAGAUCAUCAGGCAAAGUCGCAUAUAGAAAGGCCUUGUGUUUGUUCUGACUGUGGAAAGAGCUUUGCUCAACUACGCAGUCUGACUAGGCACCAGAAAAUACACACGGGGGAAAAGCCUCACCAGUGCCUCAUCUGUGAGAAGAGUUUCUACAGGAAAUCUAAUCUUCAACAACACUUGGCAGUACAUGCGGGCAAGAAACCUUACCAGUGCUCUCAUUGUGAGAAGAGUUUCUCAAGACAGUUACAACUUAAGAUACAUAUGUACUCGCACACUGGAGAGCAAACUUACCAUUGUGCCGAUUGUAAUUCAUAUUUCCUUUAUGCGUUACAAUUCAAGAGACAUAUGCAAGAGCACACUGGAGAGAAGCCUCACCUCUGCUCUGACUGUGGUCUAACCUUCCUUAUCGAAGAGGACUUAAAAGCACAUGAAAGGAUUCACAGAGGAGAGAAGCCUCAUCACUGCUCUGACUGUGGGCGAAAUUUCUCCUCGGCGGGAUGCUUAAAUCAACACAAGCUCUUACAUCUGGGACACAAAUCUUUCCAAUGUGAGCAAUGUGACAAGACGUUCUCAAGAUCAAUUCAGUUGAAAGUUCAUAUGUCAAGACAUACCGGAGAGAAACCAUAUCAAUGUUCUGAAUGUGAUAAAAGUUAUUGUCUUUCCAACCUCUUACAAAAACAUCGGAGUAUAACGCACAGGGGAGAAAAACCUUACCUUUGCUCUGACUGUGGAAAGUGUUUUGGUUACCGACACCAACUCAUAGUCCACCAGCGAAUGCACACUGGGGAAAAGCCCUUUGUCUGCUCUGAGUGUGGGAAACAGUAUUCCAAUACAUGUGGCUUGAAGAUACAUCAGCGAACGCAUACUGGAGAGAAACCGUACCAAUGUCCCGACUGUGAUCAAUGUUUCAUCCGGGUAGAUUCCCUUAAACACCAUCAAUCGUCAACGCAUACAGGGAAGUGGCCUUUCAACUGCAUUAUUUGCGGAAAAGGUUUUUCGUCGAGCUGUGAGCUAAAAGGCCACAUGCGCAGUCAUAGUGGCGAUAAGCCUUAUCAAUGCCCCGUCUGUGAGAAGCGUUUCACGCUCGCGGGAACCUGUCGAAAGCACCAGAAAACUCACACCGUGAGAGAGAAACCUCACGCCUGUUCUGAAUGCGAAAAGAGUUUUGUAAAUGUACAAAGACUAAAGGUACACAAGAGAGUACAUACUGGUGAGAAGCCAUACCACUGCUCUGACUGUGGGAAGAACUUCACUCAAUUGACAAGCUUAAAUAGGCACAAGGUCAAACAACACAAAAGGGAUAUAGAAAAAAAUCAGACUGCCUCCUGAGUGGCGCAGUGGUCUAAGGUACUGCAUCGCAGUGCAUCGCUGUGCCACUAGAUAUGCUGGGUUUGAGUCCAGGCUCUGUCGUGACCGGGAGACCCGUUGGCCAAGCGUCGUCCGGGUUAGGGGGGGUUAGCCGGCAGGGAUAUCCUUGUACCAUCGUGCCCUAGCGACUCCUGUGGCGGGCCGGGUGCAGUGCAUGCUGACACGGUUGCCUGGUGUACGGUGUUUCCUCCGACACAUUGGUGCGGCUGACUUCUGGGUAAUGUGGGCAUUGUGUCAAGAAGCAGUGCGGCUCUCGACCUUCGCCUCUCCUGAGUCUGUACGGGAGUUGCAGCGAUGAGACAAGACUAACUACCAAUUGGGGACAAAAAGGGGUAACAAAAAAUGGAGGGAGACUGAACAUGACCAAGGAAAGUAUCACUGUACUGCUACCAUCCAGUUCCUUCAAAGUCCCGCUCCUUGACUUUUUCCACAUUUUGUGUUACAGCCUGAAUUUUUAAAAUUGAUUAAAUUGAGACUUUUUGACACUAGCUCCAUGUCAGUGGAAUUAUGCUUUGGUAAACAUUUUACAUUCAUUAAACUUGAAAAGCUGAAAUGUCUUGAGUCAAUCAUAUUCAACCCCCUUUUUGUUAUGGCAAGUCUAAAUAAGUUCAGGAUGAAAAAUGUGCUAAAGUUUGCAUGGACUCACUUUGUAUGCAAUAAUAAUAGUGUUUAACCUGUUUUUGGAAUGACUGCCUCGUCUCUCUCUCCCCCCCCACAUACAAUUAUCUCUAAGGUCCCUUUGUCGAGCAGUGAAUUUAAAACACAAAUUCGACUACGAAGACCAGGGAGGUUGAUCUAUUGAUGGAUGGGGGAAAAUUGAGUAUUUUGAGUAUUCCUUUGAACAUGGUGAAGUAUCAGUACACCCAGUCACUAUGAAGUGGUAGGUGUCCUUCCUAGCUCAGUUGCCGGAGAGGAAGAGAACCGCUCUGGGAUGAGGCCAACGGUGACUUUAAAACAGUUACAGAGUUUAGUAGCUGUAAUAACAGAAAAUUGAGGAUGGAUCAACAUUGUAGUUACUCCAUAAUACUAACCUAAAUGACAGUAAAAGGAAGGAAUCCUGUACAGAGUAAAAAAUAUUCCCGAAACAUGCAUCCUGUUUGCAACAAUGCACUCUAGAAAUACUUCCAAAAAUGUGGCAAAGCAAUUAACAUUCUGUCAUGAUUUUCAAUACGCGCAUUACUGAGUACCACUCUCCAAGCAUAGUGGUGGCUGUAUCAUGUUAUGGGUAUGCUUGUAAUUGUUAAGGACGGGAGUUUUUCAGGAUUAAAAAAUAGAUAUACAGAAUUGAGCAAAGCAAAACCUUUUAUGACAACCUGGUUCAGUCUGCUUUCCAACAGACACUGGGAGAUUAAUUCACCUUUCAGCAGGACAAUAACCUAAAACACAAGGUCAAAUAUACACUGGAGUUGCUUACCAAGAAGUCGGUCAAUGUUCCCGAGUGGCCGCGUUCGUUUUUGACUUAAAUCUGACAGGAUCUGAAAAAUGGUUGUCAUGCAAUGCUCAACAACCAAUUUGACAAGAGCUUGAAGAGUUUUGAGGCAAAUGUUGAACAAUCCAGGGGACGUACACAGAACGAGUCCGUUGUAAUCGCUGCCAAAGGUACUAAUACAAAGUAUUGACUCAGGGGUGUGAAAUAUUUUACGUAAUUUGAUAUUUUUUUAAAUAUAAUUUUUCAGUAAAGUUGCUUGCAUUUCCAAAGCCAUGUUUUCACCUUCACAUUUCUGGGGCAUUGUGGGUGAAAAUAUAUUCAAUCCAUUUUUUAAAAAAUGCUUUAACAAAAUGUGGAAUAAGUCAUAGGGUAAGAAUACUUUCUGAAGGUACUCGAUAUGGACUUCUACUUUGCUGCCUUGUAACCUGCACAUCAACCAUGUUGUUUUGUACGCUAAAUGCUCCCAUGGUUGACGAGGCUGUAUCUGAACGACAGGAACAUUUUAUUGACCUGAAAUUAGUAUUGAAUGUAGGUCAAACAAAGUAUACUGUAUGUUCUUCUAUAGAGUGCAUGCAAAUAAUUGAUUUGAAGUCAUAUGUACUUUGGAUGGUGCCCAUAUUGAUUGUGUCUCUGCUUACAAAUAUUGGGACAUCUGGAUAAGUGAAAACCUGUCUUUCAAUAUAAAGCAUAUUGACAAGUUAAGCUGAGAAUAUAUUUUUUAUAAGUAGGUCAUGCCUUUCACUAAAUAGUUAGACAUCAUUCAGUCGACGUUCCUACCGGUCCAAGACUAUGGCAACAUCCUCUAUAUGAACACAGCUGCCACUUCAUUAAAGCCCUUAGAUGCCGUUUAUCUUAGCACAACAUCCUCUAUAUGAACACAGCUGCCACUUCAUUAAAGCCCUUAGAUGCCGUUUAUCUUAGCACAACAUCCUCUAUAUGAACACAGCUGCCACUUCAUUAAAGCCCUUAGAUGCCGUUUAUCUUAGCACAACAUCCUCUAUAUGAACACAGCUGCCACUUCAUUAAAGCCCUUAGAUGCCGUUUAUCUUAGCACAACAUCCUCUAUAUGAACACAGCUGCCACUUCAUUAAAGCCCUUAGAUGCCGUUUAUCUUAGCACAACAUCCUCUAUAUGAAAACAGCUGCCACUUCAUUAAAGCCCUUAGAUGCCGUUUAUCUUAGCACAUUGCUUUAUUAUGGGCGACAGGUUUAAUACUCAUCACUGCGUCCUCUACCAGAAAGUUGGUUGGUCCUCUUUGAUGUCACGUAGGUUGAUACAUUGCUAUGUUUUAAUUUGUAAAGUCCCAUAUUUUUUUUACAAAAAAGUCCCACUGUGCCAAACACAAUUACUAACCUUAAGACCUACCGAGUUACUAAACCCAGUCUCGGGGAUGGUUAACUCUGGGCAUUCCUUUGGCCUCUACAGCUUUCUGAUUUCUAUCUUCAUUUUUUUUAUUUUAUUUAUUUUACACGGUAUUUGUGGAUCAAUCUUCAAGAUGUUAUAAAAUGUGAUGUUUUGAAGCCUCUGGAAAUGCAUAAAGCUGUUAUUUUGAGGACCAUUUUAUUACUUAUGAAUGUGUGAUUUCUGUUAUGACCAUGUUUCUCUUUCUGUUCGUAUUGUUUUGUAUUUUCUGUACUUCUGGGCUCAUCUGUAAAAGACACCUUUGGUCUCAGUAUGACUUACCUGAUUUAAAAAAAAAAAUGUGUAGUUAAUUAAGGUGAGUUAUUCAUCACAGUGGAGACGCUGUAGUCUGCAUUGAAAAAGGAGAAUAUGUAAUGAUUUAAACUACACGAUGUGACAACGAUUAGCUCCACGACGUAAUGAUAAGUUACCGGACUCAUUUCACCUACAAGCUCGACUGUAUUCAGUCGAACACCUUCAGAACGCAGUCUUAACCUUUUUAUUUAUUUUCAACUGUUAACAACGAUGAUUUGACUAAGCUAAGGCUAAAUAAGCUAAAUUAUUUCCCACCUGUCCUACUGCCACACUAAAGAAUGCCAAUAAAAGGUAGAGCUUAAAUCUAACAAGGUUGUUUUUAGCAGAAUUAUUUGCCUCAUUGUUCUAUUUUCAUAUAUUUUUUUUUUAUAGAUUAGAUUUAGAUUUUAUAGAUUUAUUUUAUCGUUUUGAAGGACUGAAAUCUGUUUUGACCCAUUUGGAACUUGAUUUAAUUAUACGUGUUCUGUAGCCUGGCUCCCAGUCUGCUGUCAUGCCACUCGUUGUCAUAUGCCAAACAUGCUAGCAGAAACGGACUGGCACCCAGGCUUCAUGUUCUGCACUUUUGUUUUUAAAUGUGUAUUUUUAUGCCGGCCCUCUUUGAACAUUUUUAAAAGAAUUCAGCUACAGAUGUGGAAUCACUGCAUUUUCAAAAAAAAAAAAAAGACACUACCGUUCAAAAGUUGAGUCAUAAAUGUCCUUGUUUUUGAAAGAAAGAGAAUUGUUCAGUUAAUAACAUAAUAUUGAUCAGAAAUGGUGUAGACAUUGUUGUAAAUGACUACUGUAGCUGGAAAGGGUUGAUUUUUAUAUUUUAUGGAAUACCUAUAUAGGUGUACAGAGGCCCAUUAUCAGCAACCACCCUACCUGUGUUCCAAUGACACGUUGUGUUAGCUAAUCCAAGUUUAUCAUUUUAAAAUGGCUAAUUGAUCAUUAGAAAACCCUUUUGCAAUUAUG